AUGGCGCUUUUGAACGAGGACGGGGACCAUGGAGUACUUGAUUUUAGUGGUGGGCUUCGUCCGGGGUUUGUUUUUCCCGUCAAGAAGGCUCUGAAGAAAGAUCGGCACAGCAAGAUUUGCACUGCGAAAGGGGUGAGGGAUAGGAGGGUGAGGCUGUCCAUAGAAAUCGCCCGCGAUUUCUUUGAUCUUCAAGACAUGUUAGGGUUUGAUAAAGCUAGCAAAACGGUGGAGUGGCUGCUUAGGAAAUCGAGGAACGCCAUUAAAGAGCUGACGAAGAUGAAGCAAUACGGAAAUGUUGGUUGUGCCGGUGGUCAAAAGAGGUUGUCUCUUGUCUCCGAUGAUGAUGAUCAGAUCGAAAUGAUGGCUAAUAAUCGAGAGUUUGAUUUCGAUGAAGGAGAAAGCAACUCACUUGAGCUAGUGGGUGUUGUUUCAAAAGAGAAAAAGUUACAGAAAUUAGCGGCAACCCCUCUUAAAGAGACAAGGGCAAGGGCAAGGGCAAGGGCAAGGGAAAGAACUAGAGAAAAGAUGAACAGUGCUCAUGAGUGGAAAAUAUGUUCAGAUUCAAGCACUCACCCAUUGAGUUCUUUGACCCAACUGGAAACAUCCAAGAAACCUGCAGAUCAUUUAGUUUAUGGCCACAACAACAUGGUAUCGUCUUCCUUUAAAGUCGUUGCUCAUCAAGUUGAACAACCUAGUGCAGCAUCAAGAGAAAAUGUCAUCGAAAAAUCUAUAGUAAUCAGAAGGAUGUUGAAGCCAUCUACAAUUUUGGGUUAUCAGCAAAGCCUUGCAACUUCAAAGGAUGCAAACUGCUGCAACAGCUUUGACAGUAAUGGCUUCCCCAAUUUGUCCCAGAAUUGGGAUACUAAUGGUGCAAACGGCUCACUCUACCCUUUGUGCUAUAACUAA